CCCUACAUGUCAAUUAUAUGUGUAGGGUUUACUAGUACAAGGAACAUCAUAAACAGCAUAGGUGUGAUAUAUCAGCAUCCAUGGAUUGACCCUAUUUUGAAACCUGGCAAGACUUUUCUUGCCUCUUAUCUAAUUGUGUGAAUAUCGUACUAGUGCCAUGUUUUUAGUUGCCAUUUUUAAGGAAUCCACGCUGUAGUCCUGGAUUAGGCUAUGGCAGGCAUGUGUGGGUUUACAGGAAUUAAAAAGCAUAGGCUAUUCGAUAAUUCUAAUACUUAAAAUGCAUUUAUUUAGGACAUAGUACAAAUAAGUAGUACUGGAUGAAUUGAUGAUAAUCCUUAACAAGUCUAAUGUCACGAAACCCGCGCGGAAUGGGCUGCCUUACGAUCCCAUGUACCAAUGAUAUAAUUUCUCGGGGGAAACCCGGAAGAGGAUUAUGGAGCGCAGGUCAUACAGAGCAGCAUUAUGGCGAUCGUCUUGUGAAGCAAUGUAGACAAAGCGGUCAAAGUACACCAAUGUUGAACUACAGAGGCGCGAAGUGGUCUCACUAGUGACGGACAGACCAUUUCGCGAUUACUCGCACGCACCGCUUUAUGUUAUUGAAAGUCAGUCCAUGUUCUUGUCCAAUAUUUUGCGUUGUUGCAUUGAGACGUAAAUACUCAGCUGUAUUUUAAAUACUUAAUAAUCUUUGUCGUCUGCGAGAGAGAUGGGAAAUGGAAUGAACAAGGUUGUUGAUGGGCUCUACCUGGGAAAUAUCAGAGACUCGGAGAACAGAGAAAGUUUGUCCCAGAACAACAUCAGCCACAUCCUGUCUGUGUAUAACAAUGCUAAACCCGUGCUGGAGGACAUGACCUACCUGUGUAUCCACGCAGCUGAUGCGUCUAGCCAGAACCUGUCACAGCAUUUCAAAGAGAGCAUCAGGUUCAUCCACGAAUGUCGUCUAAAUGGAGGGGCCUGUCUGGUGCACUGCCUGGCCGGUGUGUCCCGUAGUACUACCAUGGUGGUGGCCUACCUGAUGACCGUCACCACCUACAGCUGGGAGGAUUGUCUGUCGGCUGUCAAGGCCGUGCGUUCCUUCGUAGGCCCGAACUAUGGCUUCCAACAGCAACUACAGGAGUACCAGAUGAACCAAGUCACAGAGUACCGGGCGUGGCUGCGGGCCAGUUUCCGCCACAGUCCCUUCAAGGACCAGGAGCAGGUGGGAGCGCUGCUGAACCAGUACAUAGAGCAGCAGCAGCAGGAGAACCAGAGGAGAGGAGGGGACCAGGGCUGGAUGAACCAGGCCUCCAGUGUCUACCCUCUACCCUACAAUGCCUACAACGGCUCUGGGGGCAACAGAUGAGCCAAGUCUCCCUGGUCCCACCAACCUCCAGCUCAGGCCUGCCUGUUGAGUGAGACAAUGUCCCAAUCCCUAGGCACUUAGAUCUGAAAGGAUCUGAUGGGUGUAAGUAGGGCCAGGGGUUUCUCUUGACCAAGACAUUCUCCAGAGCCUAGUCCUCCUAAGCAAUAUGGGAAUAGCUCCACCCCACCUUCUGAUAGACUAGGUGGAAUUGUCACCUUAUUGCCUGUAACUAUUUAGUACUUGCAGGUCCCAAGUGCAUAGGGGUAUUGUCUAACUGACUCUCUCACCACUGCACUACCUCCCAUGUCCCUCGCCACUAAACUGACCUUAGUACAGCCUGAUCAGGAGCUCUGAUGCUCACUGAAGCCUUAGUCCAAACACCUCCACACCUCAACACCUUGACCUUACAGCCACAUACUACCAUGAGGAUUCACCUGUCCUAUAACCUCGCCUCAACUCAUCUCUAAACCCAACGGGUCAACUUUUAAGGCCAAACAGGUAAAGAAGUGUAGGACUAGCAUUUUUUUGUUGUAAUCAUCUGCCUAAGACAUAUAACGAGGUCCUGGUUAGGUUACAUGAUCAGGAAAAAGUCCUACACCUAACAUUACAUUUUAAUAAAUUAUUAUUAAUAAGUUUAUCAAUAUGUUAUUACUUGGUACCAUGAUUACAUCAUGUUAAAUGCAGUCCGCUGGUUAGAUGGAAGAUCUGAUUGGUGUUGAAGGUUGAAUGGACAUAUGAAUGAACAUAAGAUGCUCUCCGCCCUAAUUCAAGCUGAUCCAGCUACUGUAUACCUGCAUGUGAUAAAGCUUUAAAUAACAGCAGCUUUGCCAUAGAAAAUGAAUGCUUCGUUCCAGUUAGUAAAAUGAAGAAUCAUUACUGCCCAAAAUCAUAAUAUGGGGUCUUCCUAAAAUCUACCGUAAAUCUUCUUUGGAAAUUUGCUUAUCAGAGGUUAUAAAUAUUAUUUUAGUUUUAGGGAAUUUUUAAGAUCUUUGUUAAAUGUUUAGUGGUACAAAUUAUGUUGUAUCAUAGUUUAUGUAUCUGCUUUAUUAAUAUUAAAAUGUACACUUUCAUUGUUUGCCAAAAAAUAUAUGCUAAUAAAUACUAUUAUGAAGCCAAA